AAGCUUCGAACGCAGCUAUUUACGUUUUUUGACACACAGUUAAAAAGUUUUGUAGUGAAAGGUUUUUUUCGAUAAAAAAAUAAGUGUAUUUUACUAAAAUAAAACAAAACUCAAUAUUUUAUUUUCAAGAAUCAAAAUAUUUUAAAUAAAUAAAACAGAAACAUGGAUCGCCAUGAUUUACAGCUUCAAUCAUUUGAUGUGAUACGUUUUGCUUCUUAUCGAACAGCCUGUAAAUUAAGAUUUGUUCAAAAAUUCUGUAAUUUACAUUUAGUUGAUGUCUGGAACAUCAUAGAAUCUUUUAGAGAAAAUGGUCUUAAUUCAUUGGAACCCACAAAUGAAAUUUCAGUUUCUAAAUUAGAAACAUUGAUUUCAUCGCUAUAUCAUAAUUUAAACAAACGUUUACCGAUCCAGCAACAGAUAUCGGUAGAAUCAAAAGCAAGUGUUCUAUUAAAUUGGUUAUUGUCAGCAUAUUUUGGGUCUGAGUGUGGCAAAAUUCGAGUUUUUUCAAUUAAGAUUGCUUUAGCAAUUAUGUGUGCUGGUAAACUAGUUGAUAAACUUAGAUACAUAUUCUCUCAAAUAUCUGAUGGAGCGGGACAUUUGAUCCAUUGGAAAUCAGCGUCAUUUUUAAAAGAUUUACUUGCUUUACCUGCUGCAGUUUUCGAGUCUCCAUCAUUUUACUAUCGUGAUGGACUAGAAACUGAAUUCUUUCCUUUAAACAGUAGGAUAACCGUCAAUGAUUUCAUUGCCACACUAAUUGUUGAGCCUGGACCACCUUGUCUUGUUUGGUUAUUACUGUUGCAAAAGCUUGCUACUGUCGAAUCUGUUGUUCAUAAUACUACAUGUUCUGUUUGUAGUAAAGAAAGUUUUACGGGAUUCCGUUAUCGUUGUCAACGAUGUCAUAACUACAUCAUGUGUCAGGACUGUUUUUGGAUUGGUCGGACUACAGGUGAACAUAAAAAUGAUCAUGAGGUCAAAGAGUAUUCCACUUUUAAAAGUCCUAGUAAGCAAACAUUGAGUAGUUUAAGAAAGAGUUUUAGAUGUUAUCCAGAAAAAUCAACACAAGCACUGCCACGUUUUCCAGAGCAUCCUGAGAAAACUCUUAACUUGUCACAUAUUGUUCCUCCAUCUCCGCUACCUGCUCAUAACAAAUUUUCAAUCCACAACGGAAUGACUGAUUGUAUCAGUAAUAAGUCAAUGGGUAUUUCAAAUGAUAGUACUCUAUCAAAUAAUUUUUUAUCAGGCGAUGAGGAACACAAACUGAUUGCAAGAUAUGCUGCAAAAUUAGCACAAGAAGAUCUUUCGUCGACUGAGCAUCAGGUUUCUAGUGUUUUAUGCAUUGAUGAUGCUCAACAUCAAAGAGAGAUUAUUGCAGAAUUGGAAAACAAAAAUAAAGAAAUAAUGAAAGAAAUCCAAAAAUUAAGAAGACAAGAAGAAACAGAUAUUGAAAGUGGUAUAAAUGGAGAAAAUGACGGAGGGCUUAUGACUGAACUUCGAGCAUUGCGUCAACGAAAGGGAGAGCUUGAAGGUCAUUUAGGAGCUUUACAGGACUCACGUCGACAUUUAAUGUCUCAACUUGAAGGAUUAAUGCGCAUGUUAAAAAGCCAUCAGAUAACAAGUCCAAAGUCUUCUCCAAACUCUAGUCCUAGGUCAUCCAGGAGUCCACCAAUAAAUCAACAUGUGUCACAAAUUGGAGAAUUUGAAUAGUGAAUAUUAUAUAUUUUAAAAAAUCUUAAUACAUAUUAUAAGUAUUAACGUUUAAUAUGUAACAUAAAUUAUAAAAAUACACAUUUCUAUAUCUAUGCCGUCAUAAAAAUGAAGAAAGUUUGUCACUUACCUAUGAAACCAAAUAUAAAAAAGAAUAUUUUCUUCAUUAAUAUUUUUAUGCCCCGCAUCUUU